AUGGGUGUUGCUGAUGAAGCUGCCGUGGCACGGGGUCCGGGACAGCCCUUGGUUAUGGAGGAAAUCCGCGUUGAUACCCCUCAAAAAAUGGAGGUCCGAAUCAAGAUCCUCUUCACUUCAAUUUGCCAUACUGAUCUCAGUGCUUGGCAAGGCGAGAAUGAAGCUCAGCAAGUAUAUCCACGAAUUCUUGGCCACGAAGCUGUUGGGGUGGUUGAGAGCGUGGGAGAAGGGGUGGUGGACAUGAAAGAAGGCGAUCAUGUGGUUCCCAUAUUUAACGGAGAGUGCGGUGACUGUGCUUACUGCAAAUCCCAAAAAACUAAUCUCUGCGACAAGUUUCGUGUGAAUCCAUUCAAGAGCGUGAUGUUAAACGAUGGAAAGUGUAGGUUUUCAACCAAAGAAGGGGAACCCAUCUUCCAUUUCCUCAAUACUUCCACUUUCAGUGAGUACACCGUGCUUGACUCCGCCUGUGUCGUCAAGAUUGAUUCAAAAGCUCCACUCAAGAAUAUGACCUUGCUCAGUUGUGGCGUUUCCACCGGUCUUGGAGCUGCGUGGAAUACUGCCAACGUCCAAGCUGGGUCUACCGUGGCUGUUUUCGGUUUAGGUGCCGUGGGGCUUGCGGUUGUGGAAGGAGCACGAGCCAGGGGAGCGUCCAAAAUAAUAGGAGUUGAUCUUAAUGACAACAAACAAGUGAAAGGUCAGGCAAUGGGAAUUACUCAUUUCUUAAACCCGAAGGAUUUUGGUAUUCCAGUGCACGAGAAAAUUAAGGAAAUGACGCAAGGAGGCGUCGACUACAGUUUUGAGUGUGCAGGGAACUUAGACGUUCUUCGCGAUGCUUUUUUGUCCACUCAUGAUGGCUGGGGUUUGACAGUAGUUUUGGGAGUCCAUCCGACCCCGAGGAUGCUCCCUCUUCAUCCAAUGGAGCUAUUCGACGGGCGUAGGAUAGUUGCAUCAGUGUUUGGAGACUUUAAAGGGAAGACCCAACUGCCUCAUUUUGUCAGAGAAUGCAUGCAAGGGGGUGUGAAAUUGGAGGAGUUUAUAUCCCACGAGCUCCCAUUUAGCAAGAUAAACGAAGCUUUUCAACUGCUUAUUGAUGGGAAAUCCUUGAGGCCUGUAAGUGUUCAAAAUCAUAAUUCUAGUGCUAAACAGAAGGGAACGUAUGAUGGCAGUGUCAGUAGUAAGAAAGACAAUGCCUUGAAUGAUUUGGUUAGAGAUGGAGAUAGUUGUGAAAGGGCAAAAAAAAAUGUGACAGAGUAUUCAAAAACUUCUGUCAGUUCUAUACCGAAAACAGCACACUCAAUCAAGUUCUCACAUGCUUCUGUAUCUAAGAAAACCUUGUCUGAUUCAAAGCAUCCUUUGGUUUCUUCAUCUUCUAAAGCAUCAUCAGCCCAGAACAUUGCAGCUGCUCCGGACUAUCGAGAGUUGGGCUGUUCAUCGCAAACUGAUAGUGCUUCGCAUGUACAAAAUAAGAGUACAGCCUCAAAUUUACCCCACAGAGGUGAAAAAACUAACCAGUUAAAUUGCCAGCCAUCAUCCAAGAUGAACCAUGCAGCACCAAUGCACCCGCCUGCUCCUUCAAACUCCCCUGCUACACUGAGCGAUGAAGAGCUUGCUCUACUUUUGCAUCAAGAACUUAACAGUUCUCCAAGAGUUCCUCGAGUGCCACGCAUGCGUCAAGCUGGUAGCUUACCUCAAUUAACUUCUCCAACUGCUACGAGCAUGCUAAUGAAGCGGACAUCUAGUUCUGGAGCAAAAGAUCACGGUUUGGUUCCUAGAAGAAAAAGCAAGGAUUUAGCAAAAGACGGGCCACGAAGUUAUCGCGAUCCUGAUGAUGAAGCUAAGAAAUUGGAUAGAGUAGCUUCUUCGCUUGAUCAGAGAAAACAUGAUUCAGCAUGCUCAGCAGGUGCUGUUACCAAGAGGGAGACGGACUAUGGGCCACCAAAAGAAGUGCACUCUGUCAUGAAGAGUAUCCCUCCUGCCUCUACUGCAAGCAGUGGUCCAUCUUCCUCCACUGAGGUUAAUGAACAGAAUUUGUCAUCCACUCGCAACUCACCCCAAAAUGCCUCUGACGAUGAUGUUGAUACAGUGGGUCGUCAUGCCCAUCGCACUUUACCUGGUUGUUGCCUUUCUGAGUUGUUCAAUCUUUUAGAUAUUAUGUUUCAAAGCUUCCCUGAAAUGGUUCCAACUUUGAAGUAUUACUUUGGGAGAUGUGUAUUCUUACAGGCUUGCUUAUUUAUUUGUUUAAUCAUAGGCUUGCUUGCUGAGAUCAUGGGUAAGGGCAAGCGCAUGACAUAUGAAGAACUCUGUAAUGCAGUUCUGCCACACUGGCCUCACUUGAGGAAGCAUAAUGGAGAGCGGUAUGCAUAUUCAAGUCACUCACAGGCUGUUCUUGAUUGUCUGAGGAAUCGAAAUGAAUGGGCUCGGUUGGUUGAUCGUGGUCCCAAGACCAAUGCAAGUAAGAAGAGACGCAAGGUUGAUGCUGAUCAAUCAAGUUUUGAAUCGGAGGAAAACCAGCAUAGCAAGGACAGAGCAGGAAAUGAUGGGGAAGGUAAGGGUUUUGGGUCACAUCGAGAAGAGUUUCCCAAGGGCAAGCGGAAAGCCCGAAAGCGCAGGCGACUUGCUUUACCAGGAAGAGGUGUCAAGGAUGUUAGGAGAAGACGCAAGGAAGAUUUUCUCAGUGACGAUGAUGUUGGCUCAUUUUCCAAUUCUAGUGAGGAGAGCAUGUUCAGCGAGGAUGAGGUGCAGGGUGGUGGAACAUGUCCAGUUGGGAGUGAGGCUUCUGCCAGUUCAGAUGAAAAGGAUUCCAUGCUGUAG